UUCUUUGGAAAAUCAUCAAAUUACUCAGAUUUACCAAAAAAUCAAUUAUCAUUAUUAUAAUUUCCCCAAAAUCUCACUUAGACUUAAACCAGGCAUAUUUUUGUUCCCCACAUGAUUAUAGUUCGACUUUUCCUAGGCCCCCGCGACCAUGGAGCUCUUAAGGCCUUCGAGUCCUCCCACCCACGCCCAUUCCCCGGUAUCCCUUUAUGGGUUCUCUUUUCCGGCGACUUCCCGACGUGGGUUAGACCGCGCUGGCACUUCCCAGUUGCCGGAGAUCGUUGAAGAGGAAGGGAAUAACAACAAGGUACACGUGGCGCUUGGCAAGUCUGAGGAGAAAGCAAUGAGCUUGCUCAAUUGGACUUUCAGGCGUUUCCAGGGAAAAGAAAUUUGUAUUCUUCAUGUUCAUCUGCCUUCUCAGCUCAUUCCCACUUUAUUGGGAAAUCUGCCGGCAACCCAAGCAAGUGCCGAGGUGGUGUCUACGUAUAGAAAGUUUGAGAAGGAACAAAUGUCGAAGCUUUUACAAAGAUACUCGAACUUUUGCUCUAGAGCAAAGGUUAAUGCAAGCAUCAUCACGAUUGAAGCCGAGCAAGUUCAGAAAGGAAUUGUGGAUUUGGUGAACGAAAAUGGUAUUAGGAAGCUCGUCAUGGGGGCUGUACCAGAAAAUUGUAUGAAGGUGAAAAAGGGCUCCAGCAAAGCAAAUUAUGCUGCCAAAAAGGCUCCCUUGUUCUGUGAAAUAUGGUUUAUCCAUAAAGGAAAACAUGUGUGGACUAGAGACACGCCUGAGGACCCAAGUUCACUUCCUUCAUGUAGUCUGCCGCAGAUUGCAACCGCAGAGAACUCCAGAUCGAGAUCAUUUCAAUAUGGUAAGAAUAAGUCAAUCCACCCAGAUUGUCUUCAGUCAAAAUCAGCUAAGAGUGCUGUAUGUACUCAAAUAAGCAACCGGGUCCAGUAUGAACCAGUUCAUGCGGAAUUGGCUUCUUCACCAACUUUAUCUCGUUCGGCCUGUACGUGUCUUCAUGAUCUCAAUGAUUCAUCUAGCACUACAAGUUCUAGCUCUUGUUCAGGGUAUAAUUCUGCUGAAAGAAGGGGGUUGUCAGAUUCUGAUUUGAAGGUUGGUGAAGAGAGAUUAUAUAGUCAACUUAUUCAGGCUACGAUAGAAGCUGAGACGUCAAGCAAUGAGGCAUGUGCAGAUUCACUGAAGGUCAAAAAGUUGGAACUAGAGGCGAGGGAAGCUAUUAGUAAGGUGAAAGCGUUUGAGUCUGCCCUCGCAUGUGAAGGUCAACUUAGAAAAGAAGCUGAGGAGGCACUGAGAACAACGUUGGAGGAACAAGAAAAGCUUUUGGAAGAAAGGGACGACAUAACUCAAGAGCUUCAUAGGACGAUGAGAAAUGUUGCGCUGCUGGACAGCCGCGCACAAGAAGCAAAUCGCAGGCAUGACGAAGCUGUUGGAGAACUGAAACUAGUUCAAGAAUCAAUUGCAACCUUGAGGCAGGAAAAGCAGCGGAUUCGACGACCGAAGAUUGAAGCACUACGCUGGCUUGAGCGAUGGAGAAGUCAUGGACAAGGUGGAGCCACAAACUACGAUGGCCUUGUUGGGUCUGUUAAGGAAUUACACGAGUUAGCAGAAUUCUCGUUACCAGAUUUGCAAACCGCAACGUGUAAUUUUUCUGAAAGCUUCAUACUUUGUCAGGAAGGUUAUGGUUAUGUUUACAAGGGAGAAAUGAUGGGUAGAACUGUUGCUAUUAGAAAGCUGUAUCCAUAUAACAUGCAAGGAGAAUCAGAAUUCCAACAAGAGGUAAAAGUUCUAGGCAAACUACAGCAUCCUCAUCUGGUGACUUUGCUCGGUGUGUGCCCAGAAGCCUGGUCCCUUGUAUACGAGUAUUUACCCAAUGGAGGCCUUCAAAACCAUCUGUUUCGGAAAAGCAAUGUUUUGACAUGGGAGAUCCGAGUACGGAUAAUUGCAGAAAUCGCUAGUGCACUUUGCUUCUUGCACUCUUCAAAGCCUGAGAAAAUUGUCCAUGGUGAUUUGACACCUCGAAAAAUACUUUUAGAUUCUGAACUGCGCUGCAAGAUUUGUGAUUUUGGGAUUUGCAGGUCGAUAACAGAGGACAACCUACAGUGCCCAAGUUUAAGAUGGAACACUGGGCCAAAGGGCUCUUUCUAUUACACGGACCCAGAGUUUCAGAGGAUUGGAAUCCUAACACCCAAGUCCGAUGCUUACUCCUUCGGGCUUAUCGUCCUGCAGUUACUCACCAGAAGAUCUCCAGUUGGUUUGGCGGGCGAGGUGCGCAAGGCAGUUUCAUCUGGAAAAUUGGCAUCGAUCUUGGAUUCCUCAGCUGGAGAAUGGCCGAUGCUCGUGGCAAGGCGAUUGGCAGAUAUUGGGCUGCAAUGUUGCAAACUGAAUAGUCGCGAUAGGCCAGAUCUAACGCCUUCUCUUGUGAGAGAACUCGAGCAGUUGCAUGACUCUGAAGAGCGACCAGUGCCAUCAUUCUUCUUGUGCCCCAUCCUUCAGGAAAUAAUGCAUGACCCUCAAGUGGCAGCUGAUGGAUUCACUUAUGAAGGGGAAGCCAUGCGAGGAUGGUUGCAAAACGGCAAAGAAACUUCUCCGAUGACCAAUUUGAAACUAAGUCACCUAAAUCUCACCCCCAACCAUGCCAUCAGGCUUGCUAUUCAGGACUGGCUGUGCAAGGCAUGAGAAAUAUGAAAUAUCUCACCAUAUCAGCCAAAUCUCUUGUAUGUAGUCUGUCACAUAGUGUAGCCACGUGCAUAAUGCUUCUUCAAUGAAUCCAUCAAAAAAAAAAAAGUGUGGACGCUAAUGGUGUAUUAGUUAGUCAUCAGUCUCUUUAUUCAAUAUUUUGUGAUUAUAUAAGGGGUAGGUUGGUUUGCCUUAUUCUGAUUUGAGAAUGUACCAAAUUGUAUUCUGUAUAUUAUGCUAGAUAAAUUUGACCCUGCAAAA